UAUACAAGUAGUACUAUUACUAGUAAAGACUAAACCAGUAGUUUCCCUAGAUUGAGCUAACAGUUCAGCAAUCUAUCACUUUCUAUAAUCUUCCUUCAAAUCUUUUGAGGGACCCUCUUUCUUUCUUUACUGCUUUGAAUACUUGAACAGAGUCUCACUGAAAAAAAAAGAGAAAGAAAGAUCUGUACCUAAAAAGCUGCUUGAUUUACUGUGCUUUUUUCCUUUAGGGUUUCAAGAUUUUACUUGGGAAUUUGAAGAUCUGUUUUAGUUUUGAUGUAAUUAGUUGGUUCUGUAGUUUCUUUGGAGAAAAGGGUGUUUUCUUGAUUUUUUUUCAGUGAUCUAGGACAAGUAUGAAGGAGCUGACAUUGGUGGUGUUUAGUUGUGGAAGUGGGGUUGGAUAAGAAAUAUGUUUGCCUGCUUCUUGGUUUUUGUUUAGGGUGGGGGGUGGGGUGGGGGUGGGGGGUGGCAGACUAGUGCUAAAGUUUUCAUCUUUAGCUUUCUUUUAGCUCUUUUAUAUAUAGUUGGGGCUUUUCCUUUUCAACUUUUUUGUGAGUUUGUUGAUUUGAGGGAAUGAAGGUAUCUACUUCUGGCUUCAAUUCUCAGCCUGAGGAAGCAGGGGAGAAGAAAAGCCUGAAUUCAGAGCUGUGGCAUGCUUGUGCAGGGCCACUGGUCUCUCUUCCACAUGUAGGAACCAGAGUUGUGUAUUUUCCUCAAGGGCAUAGUGAGCAGGUUGCGGCAUCCACAAACAAGGAAUUAAAUGGUCAUAUCCCUAGCUAUCCUGGAUUACCACCUCAACUUAUUUGUCAGCUACACAAUGUGACCAUGGAUGCAGAUGUUGAGACUGAUGAAGUAUAUGCUCAAAUGACUCUGCAGCCACUAACUCCACAAGAGCAAAAAGAUGUGUGCCUUCUACCAGCUGAACUUGGGACCCCAAGUAAACAACCAAGUAAUUAUUUCUGCAAAACAUUGACUGCAAGCGAUACCAGUACCCAUGGUGGAUUCUCUGUCCCUCGACGUGCUGCAGAAAAAGUUUUCCCUCCUCUGGAUUACUCGCAACAGCCUCCUGUGCAAGAGUUGAUUGGUAAAGAUCUUCAUGGAAAUGAAUGGAAGUUCCGGCAUAUAUUUCGCGGUGAGUUUCUUUUCAGAGAGUUGAUAGAGUAGUAUUACAGUGGAAGGCUUUGUUACAAUGUUGUCAUGGUGGUUAGUACCUUGAUUUAAAUUGACUAUCUUGGAAGUUCUUAGGGAUUUUAUAUACCUGCAUUAUUGUAUAAAGUUUGAAUUUACUACAUUGUGGAGGGAAGUUUAUGAUGCAACCAAUAUACUUACUGACCUCGGAUUCUUUCUAAAAACUAAUUCUGAAUACCUUGUGUUACCAUUCAAAAAAACAAAAACAAAUUCUGAAUGCCAAUUCCCAGCUGUAAAACUGAUCUUACUGUGAUAAAUGCGAUGACUACACCAAUGGAUGAGUGACUCAGUUCCCUGGCCGAAUGGACCUUCUGCAGAGUGAGCUAGUGACUAUAUAAUAUGUUGUACUGGUGGUUAAAACUCUGUUAACCUUACCAAGAAGCUUCACCCUUUUCAUUUAGCUUCUAAAGCACUGAAAAUGACACAAAGAAAAAGUUGCAUAUUGAGAAUUUAUGUUUAUCUCUUAAAUUAUAUGAAGAACCUAGUGCAGUAAUGUAUGAUUGUUUUGACUUAGGUUCUGUUGUCUCUUUCCUCUGACGUGGAUUCAUUAUGGAUGCAAUCUGAUUU